AAAAGCAUCUCUUCUCCUCAUAUAAAACCCAAUCAGGUAUAGAAAACAGCAACCUGCGGGCGUGGUGUUAAUCAUCGUGUAUGAGUAAUAAAAAAAACGUGAAUAUUUUUUUUAUAAAGAAACGCUGUCAAGAAAUUAGUACAUCGGAUGUACAGAAUUCGCCGGUAAUUUUUGUUAUAAAUGACCGUGAUGGUGCUGAUUCAGAUGAAAAUCGUCAAAAAUUGAAGACCGUAUCGUCGACGACCCAUUUACUACGAUAAAAAGUCAACCAUUAUCAUCCGAUAUUGCGUGAAUCGACUAUAGACAAAACCAAUGUCUGGCGAUGUUUCACAAGACCAAACGGCUGGGGCUAGGCUCUAUCAGAAGAAAAGGGGACGACAGCUCCGGCCCCAGAGUGGUACUGAUGGUCUUUCCACAGGAUCUAGCAACGGAAGUGUGAGACUUAAACUAAAUAAGCUGAACGAUUAUGAAGCGGAUGAUGCUAAGAUGGUCACCGUAUUCGGUGUUGCGAACGAAGAAACGCCAAGCUCUAUGAAGCUUAACCCCCUCUACGACAAAAACGGCACAAUAGAAGUAACGCCAGAAGAGGCAAAUAAAGUUCGGAAAGCAACGAUGUCCGCAAAAAAUUACCAGCCGAAAAAUAGACCUAAAAGUAGCGAUUUUUCACCAAGGCCGGUGUCAUCGUCAGCGGCUCCAACAUCAGAGACAGAAGAAGUGCUUGAACCACCGAAGAUAGCGUACAGUAAGAAUUUUCGGUUCAAGCACAGUCAGAAAGCAAAGCAAAACAAUGGGAAUAUAUCGUCGGAUAAGAAUGGAUCCGUCAAAAGCUUUGGAAGAGUUAUGCCCUCUAGAAUACACAAGUUAUGGCUACUACUAUUCAAAAAGUCUUUUACCUUGGAAAUAUUCAUUCUCCCAAUAUUGUUGUUUUUGUUGGGUCUUGUGUCUAUUAUUAAUAUUUAUUUCAGGUAAAGGCAACAUCUUUCUCUAACGUUUAAAGACAUGCCUUAGAUGUUUUGAAAUUUAUUUUCCAUUAGCUACAAGUUUAUUACAAUAUGUAAAUAGUUGUUUUUCUGUGUGGUUAUAAAAUGAAUCAUUUUUUAUACAAGUAAGUUUGAGUCAAUAUUUAAACACCAUUAUUGACUGUGAAACAUAGAAAUAUUUUGCAUAAUAAAUAUCAAUGGAAAACCAA